UUCUCAAUCUGUCACUUGGGUAGGUGGAGUACGUUUGAUAAAGGAAGGAAAAACUGGACACAGCUACCAUGACUCUCUGACAACUGUCUUGAACCGACUUCCGAUGAACACUUCACCCGUUACCGUGUCGUUAUCACCUUUUUAACGGUUAUACCUGUUAGCUGCUCUCUUUUUGUCGUCAUUUGACAACUGUGGAACAACACCCAUGCGCCCGUGUCAGAAGUUACCAUGCUAACCCCCGUUAGCUGCUGCUACUUCUCGCAGCUAUGUCUGCUCUGCUAGACUUUAACCUGCCAGCGAAAAGAGCGGUGUUUUUAUUGUAACGGCUAGUUUUUGUAGCUACAAAGUUAAGCGUCGUUUCGACCAGUAUCCCGUUGUUGAAAACGAAGCUAUCAGUCUGUGACAGAAAUGGGACUACACCCGCUGGAAUUCAGUGAAUGCUAUCUGGACAGCCCCAGCUUCAGGGAGAAAAUAAAGGCACACGAAGCAGAGCUGGACAGGACCAACAGAUUUAUCAAAGAACUGUACAAAGAUGGGAAGAACCUCAUUAAUGCAACAAAACAGCUUGGGAUGGCGCAGCGAAAGUUUGCCCAGUGCCUGGGAGAGUUUCAGUUUGAGUACAUCGGCGAUGCAAAGACUGAUGAUGAAAGAUGUAUUGAUGAGUCUUUGCAAGAGUUCUCCUCAUUCCUCAAGAACCUUGAAGACCAAAGAGAGUUAAUGAUGAGAAACAUCACAGAAACCUUAAUGAAACCCCUGGAGAAGUUCAGGAAAGACCAUCUUGGUACAGUGAGGGCGGAAAGAAAGAAGUACGAGAAAGAAACAGAAAAAUACUACAGCUCCCUGGAAAAGCUUCUGAAUAUGUCAGCGAAGAAGAAAGAGCCACAGCUACAAGAGGCAGACAUCCAGGUGGAAACCAUGAGGCAGCACUUUCAGGAGGAGUCACUGGACUACGUGUGCAAACUGCAGGAGAUCCAAGAGAGAAAGAAGUUUGAGUGUGUGGAGCCAAUGCUGGCCUUCUUUCAGACAGUCUUCACGUUUUAUCACCAGGGCUUCGAGCUCGCCAAAGACUUUGACCAUUAUAAAAGAGCACUGCAGAUCAAUAUUCAGAAUACAAGGAGUCGAUUUGAGGGCGCCCGGUCAGAGGUAUACGAACUGAUGAAGAGGAUCAGGGAGACACCUCAAGAAUACAGACAGACCAGCCCUAUAAGUUGUGAAGGCUACCUCUAUGUACAGGAAAAACGGCCACCUCCCUUUGGUUCAAGUUGGGUCAAACGCUACAGCACUUUUGUCAAAGAGCAGAAGAUCCUGCACAUGGUGACCUUCGACCACAGAUCUGGUGGCAAGAUGGGUGAGACGGAGUCUGUCACGCUCAAAUCCUGUCUCCGCAAAACGACAGACGUGUUGGACAGGAGGUUCUGCUUAGAGCUCGACAUAACUGAUCGGCCAGGCACGGUGCUAACAGUACAGGCUCUGUCGGAGGAUGACCACAAGUUCUGGAUGCAGGCCAUGGGUGGGAAGGAACCUAUUGGGCACUAUCUUGGUAGAACUUAUUCUAAAGAAAGAGGAAUUGAUGCCCAGCUGGAUGAUGUGGGUUUGAAUUUUAUGAAGAACUCCAUAAGUGCCAUAGAGACGAGAGGUAUUAAUGACCAGGGCCUGUACAGAGUUGUCGGAGUAAGCUCCAAGGUCCAGAAGCUCCUCUCAUUAAUGAUUGAUGAGAAGAGCAAUGAAGUGGAUCUGUCUACCAGCGAGGACUGGGACGUCAAGACAAUAACAAGUGCACUAAAGCUUUAUCUCAGGAGCCUUCCUGAGCCGUUGAUGACCUAUGGACUUUACAAAGAGUUUAUUAGCCCGGCGAAGGGCGGUAGUCCAGAGUCUCGUAUCCAAGCCGUCCACUGCCUGGUCCACAAACUACCAGAGAGGAAUCGACAAGUCCUCGGGCUGCUCAUGAAGCAUCUGGCCAAUGUGGCGGCUCACAGCAAACAGAAUCUGAUGACCGUGGCCAACCUGGGCGUGGUGUUUGGCCCCACAUUAAUGAGGCCACAGGAGGAGACCGUUGCUGCCAUUAUGGAUCUUAAGUUUCAGAACAUUGUGGUGGAAAUUCUCGUUGAACACCACGAAAAGAUCUUUGCAGAUGCUCCGGAGUCGUGCCCUCUUUCACCUGCUGCCCCAGUAUUCUCUGCUCCCACAAGGCAGUCCAAAAAGCUGAGUCGACAGAAUCGGCCUCUGGCUGUCUACAAUCCACAAGCCCUAGACAUUCAGAAUGUGUCAGCAGCGGGAGAUAGUUCCAGUCUAGCCACAGAUGAGACAUCAAUGGGCAGCAAUGAGUCUGUAUCGUCACAGUCAUCGUCAGCUUCAGCUUCAGAGGUGCUGCCAGAGAAGAGUGACCAUGUCCUUCUUAGCACCACCCUCAGCUCAGACAGCAACUCCAGGGCCCCGGCAGCUGGAGCCUCCUGGUCCACUACUGGAGCCUCAGGAGAAAGCCAACCUGCUUCCACCACAGCUGCAUCCGACCAAGAAAAACCAGAGGAGAGUGUCACCAGCAGGAAAGCCAAGGCAGUGUACCCAUGUGAGGCUGAGCACGACUCUGAGCUCUCCUUCCAGGUCGGCGCAAUAUUCAACGCCGGUAAGUGUUAUCGCCUACACCAGUCGCUCACUCAGAACCAGCCCUGGCAUAUUGGAUUUGGAGGAAAACCGAACACCCAAUCUGAUCUUCAAUCGAACACAGAGAUGAGACGAGGAGAAGGAGGACGGGGAGGGAGGGAGGGGGCAGGAGACACAGAUUUGCUCUUCAGUGUGUCUGGAAGAGGCUCGACUGAGCUUUAAUCACUCUCAGAGGAAAUGAGGAUUUUGUAGUUGGUAUUUUUUGCCUUUUUGCUCAUACACAGACACUAUAGAUACAUUAUAGUUUUACCUGGGAAACGUGGUGAUGUUUUUGAUAAGAUCCAACAAUGCAUUGCGGUUUAUUGUCUUGUUUUCUUUAUGCUUAACAGAACACGUCUUUUUUCAACAUUGUGAGCAUCAGUGGUCCUGCAGAUAUGAGGAAAUCAUUUCCCAUUAAAGAUAUAAUGCUCUGAAGUUAUGAUCUAAAUGUCAAAAUCACACAUCUGUCAUCUAUAAAUAUGGAUUAGAUGACCAAAAUCUCAUCUUAAUCUAUAUCUACUCUACAUACAAUAUUAUCUGUUUUGAUGACUGCACUUUAAAGAUCCAUUGUGUUGGAUUUAUGGGCAUCUAUUGGCAGAUAUGGAAUAGAAUAUUCAUACAUAUUUUUUCAUUAGGUUAUAAUCACCUGAAGUUAAGAAUAGUUGUGUUUUCGUUAUCUGAGAAUGAGACGUUUAUAUUUAUGUCUUCCACAGAAUCCACCAUGUUGUUUUCAGUAGCCCAGAACAAGCAAAUCAAACACUGGCUGUAGGCGGGGCCAUUCGUGUUUUUUUACAUCAUGUAUAUACAACAAUUUGAUAUACUGGAGAAGUUCCAGUUCUGCAACUUCUCAGCUAGAUGCCACUAAAUUCUACACACUGGACCUUUAAAGCCAUCAAUGUGUGAUUGUUGGCUUAAAGAGUUCGUGUCGGGAUAAAUGCCUACAAUGGCAAAAUUUAAUUCAUCAAAAAAUGGCUUUCUAAUUCAUAUUACCUGAAUGAUAAUAAACAUAAAAUGAAUGAAGUGUCACAUUAUCAAAAACUAAAUUAGAUUAUGUUCUACAGGCCAUUCUCUUACUCUGAAAUUUAAUUAGGAGCUUAGCUGUUUCGUUUAGUAAAAGUACAACCGAAUGAUGUUGUGUGUUUCUCUUGGAUCCUGACCUAAAUCUCCAGUUACCUCGAUGCAGACUUAGAGAUGGUGAUGGGAGAGUUCAGUAAAGUCUGUCCUUUAACUCCAAAUCAGGCUACAAAUGAAGUGAUUUGCAUGUUGCAUAAAAAUAACAAGAUGACUAACUAAACAUCUACAGUAUCUUGCGGACCCUUGACAUUUUCUAUAUUUUGCCGCAUUAUCUUGUUACUUCUAAAUGUAUUUGUGUUUUUUUUCAUGUUGUUUUGUGUGUGUGUGUGUGUGUGUGUGUCUGAGAUAUGUGCAUAACAAAUGUGCAAGAGGUCAAAAGGUCUGAAUACUUGAGCUAGCCACUGUACAUACAGUCCGUCUAAAGACAAAAAUCAACAUUUGUUGAUGUUUCUUCACUCUUGAAACUGAGAAGACAGCCUUGCUUUGCUUCUUUACUUUCUUAAAUCUGUAUUUACUGAUGAUUUCAUUAAGUUAAAUUGUGUCAUAAAACAAUGUAUUCAUGAGAUACUCAGCCACUUAGUGGUGUCCAGAGUAGAUAAUGUGAGCAGGAAAAGAAAAGAAAAGCUAUACAAAUGAGACAGACACAACUUGUGAAGUUCCACCUGUGUAGUCUCUGCGUGGUGCAUGUCUACAAACUGUAUGAAAAUUCUACCAUUGUGAUGUGAAUGGAAAAAAUCCAGUGUGGCCUUGCUUGAUUUACCAAUAUUGUGUGAUGGGCCACAUAGAGUAUUUUUUUAACAACAGGCCACGUCCAGGCAGGACGUAGACAUAAACGUAGUUCCUUCUGUGUUAAUGUGAACACAAGUUUAAAAAAAAAAAAAAAGAAGUAUGGAAAAACAGUUAUGAGUAUAAAAUGAAAUACUCAUGCUAAGAUGAUAAGUUUUAUCCCUCCAUCUAAAGACAGCUUUAUUAUGUGUUGACUGAUGAUUGAAAUAUAUAAAAAUCUAUAUUUGUUGAUAAAAAUCCCCAAAAUAGAAGUGUAAAUAAUCUCAUAUUAGUCUGUUAUUGUACUCAGAUAGAGGUGGGAGUCUUUGUUUACCUGUGGUCACUCAUUUUAAUGGGGAGAAGCUGAUGUAAAAACACGUUAAACAACAUCGGAAAACAUUAAUAAUGCAGAAUGAGUUGUUUUGUUGUGGUAGCCCUUAAAUUAGAGGACCUGUCAGUCAAUUUGGGAGUAAAAGCAUGUGUGAAUCCUGCUUUGAAUUGUGGCGGCAGGUCAACUCUUUUGUUUACACCUGUAUGAAGGAUUGAGCUUUUAACUUCCUUGUUCAUUUUGUGUUUAAUUGACGCACAAUACAGUGUGGGUAAACACAUUUCUUUGUGUCGUGAGGCCGGCUGUGACAUGUUACAAGAAGAGAAACGACGUAUUGAAUCAGUUUAUGUCUUAAUUUGGCCUUAGAAGUUCUCACUGUCAAUUUAUCCAUGCAAAUGCUGACUUGCAGAUGCACUCAAAUUUUUAAACUGGCUCACUUUGUUGGCAAAUCAAGAAAUCCUGGGAGGAUUUCGAGAAGGCAUGCCAUAGAAAUGUUCUGUGCUCUGACACAUCUGUCACAACUAAAUGGUUUGUGAGAGCUGUGUUUUGCUGCUGAGGUUAAGUUCAGGGUGAAAUUCUAGAAAAAUGGAUCCAAAAACAGACUUAUGAUGUACAGUAGAGAUAAAAAUGACUCACACUGGAGUUUAGAGUAACUACGUAAUCACUGUAUCCUCUUCAGACCUGCUCGCUCUGACACAUGCUGUAUACUCACCAGAGGCUCUGUGUCCUCUGUCGUCCCCCACCCUCACCCUCCCUGUGCUGUUGUC